AUGACAAGUGAACAACAAUCAUAUUAUGAACUAAGACAGCCACCAUCCGAUGGUAUAUCCUCUGUAAAUUUUUGUCCAUAUUCUGUAAAUCUAUUAGUAACUUCUUGGGAUAAUACUGUUAGAUGUUAUGAUACACAAAAUAAUGUACAGAAAUGGCAAUAUACACACAAAGGACCAGUUUUGGAUGGUUGCUUCCCAGAAAAAACAAAAAUAUAUUCAUCAGAUAUUUUUGGUGGAAUUAAACAAUAUGAUCCGGUAAGCGGGGUUGAAAAAGAGAUUGGAACACAUAAAAAAGGAGUAAAAUCAAUUGUAUAUAAUAUAACGACACAACAACUAUAUUCAGGUAGCUGGGAUCAACAUUUAAAAGUAUGGGAUACACGUAGCGAUACACCAGAAAUCAGUUCACACAAUUUAGAAUCAAAAGUUUAUACCAUGGAUUGUUCAUCCAUUAGCAAUAUGUUAGUUGUGGGUACAGCUGAUAAAUAUAUAACAAUUUUUGAUAUUCGUAAAAUGGAUAUGCCACUACAAAAAAGAGAAUCCUCAAUCAAAUAUCAAACUAGAUGUAUAAGAUGUUUUACCGAUGGUAAAGGGUAUGCCUUGGCCUCAGUUGAAGGUCGUAUCGCUAUGGAAUAUUUUGAUCCUUCUCCUGCUGCCCAAUCUAAAAAAUAUGCAUUCAAAUGUCAUCGUCCAAAUGAAGGUGGUGUGGAUGUUGUCUAUCCUGUAAAUUGUAUUGCCUUUAAUCCCAUCUAUGGUACAUUUGCAACUGGUGGUUGUGAUAAAAAUGUUUUCUUUUGGGAUGGUGCCAAUCGUAAACGUUUACACUUUUUAAAAACUUAUCCAACUUCAAUUUCAUCAAUGUCUUUUAAUUCUGACGGUAAUAUUUUAGCUGUUGCUUCAUCAUAUACUUUUGAAGAGGGCGAGAAAGACCACCCACCAGACCAAAUUUUUAUUCACCACAUAAACGAAAAUAAAAUUAAACCUUUUGAAAAGCCACCUCAAAAAUAA